AUGGAGGUUGACGCUACUAGCACAAGCCUAGAGGGUGGUGAUGCGGGCACUCUCUCCAUUGAUCUCAACACACAGCCAAAUGUGACCACCAAAGAUGUCAAUGUCGAUAGUGAGGAUCAACUGACGCUCGAAAUAGACAAAUUGGACGAGUUUGAAUUUUUGGAAGAGAUAGAGGAGGCGAAAUCCACCCAAGCAACCGCUGAGAAAACUGCUAGUAUGCCUGGUAGAGAAGCCAGGCCUGCAGAAAUUUAUUCUACCUACCUCAGAAUGCAACAAUAUUUGAAGAACAAAACGUGGCACCGCCGGUUCGGGCACUACGCGAAACUCACACCGGAUUUCACUGAUUGGGCUAUACCUCCCACCAUUGUGUUGCGUGAGGAAAACGAUUUUGAUAUUGACUUGUAUCCAGAACAUUCUUCCUGGUCACCCCCUAGCAUCGAAAUGAUGCGUUUUAUAAAAUAUCCGACCGAUGUGACGAUCUCUGUAUAUGAACAGCUGAUCGUGAACGAUCCAGAUACCUUGCGAAGACUACCAGCGCUAAGCGGGCAGCGACUAGGAGUCUGCGAUCUCAAGACUACUGUCGGACAUUUGCUGAUUGCUCUCUUCAGGCUCUUAGUAACGAAUGAGAUGGUGAGAAAUUACACAUUUACAGCACGAGAUCUACAGGAUAUAUACGUGAAUAAUCGUUUUAAGUCUCGGGGGGAAAGGCCCAGUGUACCCUUUUCUGUUGGUCGUCCCAACGACAGGACCCGCAAAAACCUACACCGGAUGGCUACACUGUCGUUCCAUAAAGAAGAUAACGACAAUUGUGCACCAAAGAAACAAGAGACCGUCCAGGGCCGGAUCUCAGGACAGCUCAAGACGAAGGUACUCGAACAAAGACAGACGAAGAACGUCUACCACCACCCAACGCAAUUUCCCAGAGGCAAGGGAAGAUAA